AUGGAGGACUCGUCGGGCGGCCUGUCUGCCUCGCGCGUGCGAGAGCUCCUCCACUCCUCGCUCGGUUUCUCGACGCGCGCCGUCGCGGACAUGGUCCUGGACGCGGCGCUCUCCGCGACUUCGCUUUCCUCUCUCUCUUCUCGUCUCGAAGAAGUUGGUCUCUCUUCGUCGCAAGCCUCGCGACUGGCGACUGUGCUCAUCGCCGAGCGCCAGACUGGCGGCGACGCCUCCGCCCCAUCCUCCUCGCGGGCGCGCGACGACGGCGAAUCCAGUUUCUCCGCGCCCUCCUCGAAGCGCGCGAGAGGCGCAGAAUCCUCCUCUUCUUCUUCUCCCUCUUCUCCCUCUUCUUCGCCGGCCGAAGAUGAGGCCGCGCGGCGUGCGCGCGAGCGCGAAGAGGACGAGGCGGAGAGGGACGCCUUUGUAACCCGACUGAGGGAGCGGGAGCAGGCAUCGUCGCGCAAAGUCGGCUUCGCGCGGGCGCGGCAGGCGGAGCGUGAGCGCGAGGAAGCGCGCUGGAAGGAGGGCGAGGCGGACAAGGAGGCGACCGCGGCGCUGUCGGAUCCGAUUGACCUCGUCCUCGAGGCGCGCAAAGGCCGCAACGAGAAGCUCCGCGACAACGAGGCCUACGUCCAGCGGCUGCGCGAGGAGGCGCGGCGGACGUAUCUGAAAAAGCGCGAAGACGACCGGAUCGCACUCGCAGAGCGCACGCUGAAGGACAAAGAGUGGAUGUUUGCCGGCGAGAAGCUGACUGAGCAGGAGAAGAAGGAUCUCGAGGUUGAGCGCACGACGCUGGAGAUCGCGAAAACCGUCGUGCGCGAGCGCGAGGCUCGCGGCGUCAUCGACUCCUACGUGAUGCCCGAUUCCUACGACGAAGACCAACAGGCGCGGCUCAACGUGAUGAACCAAAAAUACGUCGAGGCGAAGGAACACGUCAGUGAGCAGCUUCUCGUCGAGCGGCAGAAGGCCGCCUACGCCCACGUCGCCUUCGGCGCCCAGAAGGGACGCGAGGACGACGCAAACAGGAAAAAAUACGCUCUCCUCAAUGAGGAAGGUGGCACGAUCGACUUCGAGCUCCUCGAAACGCACGGCAAACAGCCCCUCGACGACGAGGACUGGAACCUCUCCCGCGAAGACAAAGAGGAAAAGGCUCGCCAACAACGCAAACUCGCGCAACUCUCCCUGCAGGAGGAGCGCAAGAUGCUGCCUGUUUACGGCUACCGGACGGAGUUCCUCAAGGCUGUGCGCGAGUAUCCCGUGCUCAUCGUGGUGGGCGAGACGGGCAGCGGAAAAACGACGCAGCUGCCGCAGUACCUCUACGAAGUCGGCUACGGAAAAGCCGGAAAAAUCGGCUGCACGCAGCCCCGCAGAGUCGCCGCCAUGUCCGUCGCCGCCCGCGUCGCGACUGAAGUCGGAUGCAAACUCGGCCUCGAGGUGGGAUAUUCGAUUCGCUUCGAAGACUGCACUUCGGACAAGACGAUUUUGAAGUACAUGACGGACGGCAUGCUGCUGCGCGAGUUCCUGACCGAGCCUGACCUUGCGAGCUAUUCGGUCAUGAUGAUCGACGAGGCCCAUGAACGCACGCUUCACACCGACGUCCUCUUCGGUCUUGUGAAGGAUCUCGCUCGCUUCCGCAAGGACUUCAAGUUGAUUGUUUCCUCGGCGACGCUGGAGGCGGAGAAGUUCUCGGAGUAUUUUGACAACGCGCCGAUUUUCCGCAUUCCUGGGCGGCGCUACCCCGUUCAGAUUUACUACACGAAGGCGCCGGAAGCGAAUUUCAUCGACGCAACCGUCGUUACAGUGCUGCAGAUUCACCUGACGCAGCCGCUCGGCGACAUCCUCGUUUUCCUCCCGGGGCAACAGGAGAUCGAAGAGGCGCUCGAGGAGCUCGAACGAAGAGUGCGCGGCCGCGGCACGGAGAUAGGCGAGUUGAUUCUUCUCCCGAUCUACUCGACACUCCCGAGCGAGCUGCAGGCGAAGAUCUUUGAGCCGACGCCUGAGAAGGCGCGGAAAGUCGUGCUCGCCACCAACAUCGCCGAGACCUCCAUCACAAUAGAUCAAAUCGUCUACGUCAUCGACUGCGGAUUCUGCAAACAGAACACCUACAGCCCGAAGACAGGCAUGGAGUCGCUUGUGACCGUCCCCUGCAGCAAGGCCGCGGUGAACCAGCGCGCAGGCCGCGCAGGUCGUGUGCGCCCCGGGCACUGCUUUCGGCUCUACACGCGUUUCUCGUACGAAAAGGAGAUGGAGGACGCGAACGUCCCCGAAAUCCAGCGAACCAGUCUCGGGCACGUCGUUCUCGCGCUCAAGAGUCUGGGCAUCGACGACCUGAUCAACUUCGACUUCAUGGAUCCACCCCCACCCGAGACGCUGAUCAAGGCCCUCGAGCUCCUCUACGCCCUCGGCGCGCUCAACGACAAGGGACAGCUGACGAAGCUGGGACGGCGCAUGGCAGAGUUUCCUCUGGAGCCGAUGUACUCGAAGAUGAUUUUGCAGGGGGAGAAGUUCAGGUGCGUCGAUGAGUGCAUCACGAUCUGUGCGAUGCUAGGCGCCGGAAACAGCAUCUUCUACAGACCGAAGGACAAAGCGAUGCACGCCGACAACGCCAGAAAGAACUUCUUCCGACCUGGCGGCGACCAUUUGACGCUGCUCAAUCUCUACAAGCAGUGGGAAGACACGUCUUUUUCGGUGCCGUGGUGCUACGAGAACUUCGUGCAGCACCGGACGAUUCAGCGGGCGCGAGACGUCCGCGAGCAGCUCCUCGAUUUGCUUCCGCGCGUAGAAGUGGAGCCUUCCUCGGACCCAACCGACGCCGAUGCCAUUCGAAAAGCCGUCACAUCUGGAUUCUUCACGCAGGGCGCGCGGCUGAACCGCAACGGGACGUACUCGACGAUCAAGCAGCCGCACACAGUGGAGAUUCAUCCGCAGUCGAGUCUGUUUGGCGAGACGCCCAAGGUCGUCUUGUAUACGGAGUUGGUGCUGACGACGAAGGAGUACAUGCGCAACGUGAUGGAGAUUCGGCCUGAGUGGUUGCUCGAAGUCGCGCCGCACUUUUACCGAGACAAGGAGCUCGAGCUCGGCAAGGUGCCGGUCCAGCCCAAGAAAGGACGGGAAAAGCUUGUCUGA